CUUGUUGUCAUUUGCACUUUGCGUCAGCUUUCCUGUAGAUCCACAAAGAAACUUGAGUCAAUGCUUCCGGAUCCCUGAAACACAGAGUGAAAAAUGGAGAAAAAAUUGUGUCUGACUCUGUUCCUGGUGCUGAUUCUCUGUCACAAUGCCAACACAGAGUUACAACCCUCUUGUCCGUACAGAUGCCAGUGUUUCACUACAAGCCAAGUUCUGUGUGCAGAUGAAUGGAUGACAUCUUUGCCCAGUAACAUGUCCAAGCAGGUCAAGGACUUCAUUUUAAUGACAUCUGCUGUGGCGUAUCUGUUCCCGCACACUUUGGAGGAGAGCCCCCAACUCACCAAACUGGUGUUCUUAAAUAAUGCUCUGCGCAGUAUUCACUCACAGGCUUUUCAGCAUAUGACUGAGCUGCAGGAGUUGGAGAUCAGUGGAAACCCCUGGCUCGAACAUCUAAUUCUGGGGACAUUUUCAAAUCAGACAAACAUGACCAUACUGCUACUCAACUUCAACAGAUUGAAGACGGUGCUUCCCGGAAUGUUUGACUCCCUGAAACAACUAGAAACUCUGCAGAUGAAGGGAAACAUCAUAUCACACCUGCCUCACUCUCUUUUCCAGAACCUCCACCACCUACAUGUACUGGACUUGUCCCAGAAUAAAAUUGAAGUAGUGGGAAGAGACACUUUUUCUGGUCUGGCUGAGCUGAAAGUGCUGAAAAUUAACAACAACCUAAUUAGCAAUCUUACAUUCGACACCUUCCACAAUAUGUCUCAGCUGAAAGAGCUUCACCUGGAAGGGAACAAAAUAUUAGUACUCCAUGAAGGCAUCUUCUCUGAAUUAACUAACCUAAAUGUGUUGAACCUCCGUGGAAACCUUCUUACAACCUUCAGCGAUAGCGUUUUUGGAUUCAAUAACUCAAAUUUGACAGAGCUGAACCUUAAAGGAAAUAGACUGACUGAACUGUCCUUGUUAAGCAGUUUAACAUCUCUCACUGACCUCAUAUUGUCCACCAAUCAGCUCUCCAACCUUCAUGAAGACACAUUUAGAAAUCUUACCAUGCUGGAGAAUCUGGAUCUCUCUGAAAACCAACUCACAUUUCUGCCUGAAAGAAUCUUCAACACUCUAUUUGCUAUAAAAACAAUUGACCUCCACAUAAACAAUCUGAGCAAGGUCGAGCCCAAACUGUUUGAGGACCAGAUGCUCAUUCAGCAACUCUACUUGUCAGACAACCAACUUGAAACUCUUCCAAAUGGCGUCUUUGACCCUUUUGUCAUCCAGCACACGGUGAGGAUUCAUGGGAAUCCUUGGAAAUGUGACUGCCACAUGUGGUACCUACAUGACUGGGUGCUGAGAAACAGCCAAGAUAUACAGAUGCUGGACAGUGUGCUCUGUGAGAGCCCCGGCUUUUUGAGAAGACGGACAGUUGUCUCCAUUGAUAAGAACCAGCUGGUUUGUACCGUGUCGAUAGAAAAGAUGCCUAGUCACAGUCGAUGUAGUUUGCAAGCAUUCAAUGACACCAUGAUCAUCAUGUGUAAAGUGGAUAAAUGUUCUCCCCUGACAGUGAAGGUUCAGUUUCAGGAAGAUGACAAUAUUAAAGAGCAUGUUUUUGGAAAUAAGCCUGAACAUUCCCAGUGCAGAAAUGACACAAGGGUCAAUAACCCCAUUGAUUAA